AUGAAGACGAACGCCACUUCUCUGUUCGCUUAUAGCUCUCCAGCAGCAGACGCCUAUCGGCCUGGUGAUGGUCGUCUUGGUAGAGCGUGGGCAUCGUACAUGCUUCCACUGGUUUACAUCCCCACUGUAGAUGUGACUGGCGUAGAAGAAGUGCGUGGUGGAAACGACGAACACGAGCUCAGGUCACCCGUAGUGCCUGAACUUGAUCAUCUCGGAGCUGGAAUGUAUAGGAGUCUAGCUUCACCGACGACGGUUGAGGUGAAAGCGACGCUGCGUCCUAACGAAUCAACCGACUUCCUCCGCCGUACACUUAAUCGAGCACAAUGUCGCUGGAAAGGCGCGCAAUGUGGAGAGUCCGAAGAAAAGUUCUUCGUUGCCCAGCAGCUCAUAGUUCGGCAGCUUCGCUCGAUGAGGAAGUUGCCGAACUAUGAGCUGAGACCGAAAUAUAAACUAUUGGGCUGCUCUCCAGAAGCCGCAAACUGGCUGGACACCAUUUUCGCUGGAGAUGAAAAAUGGGUCCUCUACGUCAACCACACCCACAAACUUCAUGCAAUUUACCGUUUCGAACUGCUGCCGGACAACACGGCAGUCACUGCCGAGGUCUGCUGCGCUCAACUGCAAAGACUGGCCGACAAGAUCCACAAGGAGCACCCGAAGCUCGACCACGUUCGCAUGCUGCAGGAUAACGUGCACCCUCACAUCACGAAGAAGACUUCCCAGCAAAUUCUGGAGCUCGGAUGGGAAGUUCUACCGCAACCACCGUACAGCCCAAACCUGGCAUCGAGCGACUACCAUCUCUUCCGAUCGCUUCAGCAUCACCUGGAAGAGAAGCGCUACGAUGAUCGUGACCACCUCGAAAAUGACCUUCGGGCUUUCUUCGCCUCCAAGUUGCCGAAGUUCUACGCCAAAUGA